UAAACUCAUAUCUUAAGACACAGUAUUGCAUAAUAGAGGUUUUUUGAAGGUAUAUAUAGAGAUCACCAAUCAUUCAAGGGCUUCCUCAUCACAUAAGUAUAGAUAAAGUUGAGCAGAUGAAAGAGGAAAUAGAGAAGAUGGUGGCAAGUCCUAGUUCAUAUGGCACAGAAACACCUCUAUUGAGGGAAACUGAUAUUGGAAAACAAAACACAAAACACCAAGUUGGAGGAUGGUGGAAUAAAGUGUUGGACAUGGAAGAAGCCAAGCAUCAACUCUUGUUUUCACUACCAAUGAUUCUUACUAACUUGUUCUAUUACUUGAUCACUUCGGUUUCUGUCAUGCUUGUUGGUCACCUUGGCGAGCUUCAGCUUGCUGGUGCUACUCUCGCAAACUCAUGGUUCAAUGUCACUGGCGUAGCAGUCAUGGUUGGUUUGAGUGGGGCACUGGAAACACUGUGCGGACAAGGAUUUGGUGCAAAGGAAUACCAAAUGCUGGGAAUUUACCUACAAGCCUCAUGCAUCAUAUCUCUUAUUUUUUCCAUCAUUAUAUCCAUUAUUUGGCUCUAUACAGAACCCAUCCUAGUGCUGCUUCAUCAAUCUCAUGACAUAGCAAGAACAACUGCUCUUUAUAUGAAGUUUCUGGUCCCAGGAUUAUUUGCAUAUGGCUUAUUGCAAAAUAUGUUGAGGUUUCUCCAGACACAAUCUGUGGUAAUACCAUUGGUUGUACUCUCAGCUCUUCCAUUGUUGAUUCAUAUUGGUAUUGCAUAUGCCUUGGUUCAGUGGUCAGGUCUGAGUUUUACAGGUGCACCAGUUGCAGCUUCUAUUUCACAAUGGAUGUCAAUGCUUUUACUGGCCAUGUAUGUCAUGUAUGCUAAGAAUUUCAAGCAGACAUGGCAAGGAUUUUCAAUGCACUCAUUCCAUUACGUAUUUACAAACAUGAAACUAGCCCUGCCCUCUGCUGCAAUGGUAUGUUUGGAGUAUUGGGCUUUUGAAGUUUUGGUUUUCUUAGCUGGAUUGUUGCCUGACUCGCAGAUAACAACUUCGUUGGUUGCAAUAUGUUUAAACACACAAUUCAUUGCAUACAUGGUUCCUGUUGGUCUUGGUGCAGCUGCAAGCACAAGGGUAUCCAAUGAAUUGGGAGCAGGCAACCCGGAACUAGCUAAACAUGCAAUGAAUGUCACUGUCAAGCUCUCUUUCCUCCUAAGUUUCUGUUUUGCUUUGGCACUUGGAUUUGGUCAUAAUAUCUGGAUUCAGCUUUUCAGUGAUAGUUCUACAAUCAAAGAGGAGUUUGCUUCAGUGACACCCUUGCUUGCCAUUUCCAUAGUACUAGAUGCUGUCCAAGGUGUCAUGCAAGGUGCAACCAGAGGAUGUGGUUGGCAACACUCAGCUGCUUAUAUUAACCUUGCAAAUUUUUAUCUUGUUGGCUUACCAAUAUCAUGUCUCCUAGGAUUUACGACCAAUUUGCAGUAUAAGGGUUUAUGGAUUGGUCUAAUUUGUGGGCUGCUCUGUCAAGCUGGAACUCUCUUCUUUUUCUUAAGGCGUGCCCAAUGGACUAAAUUGGAUCUCUCUGGGGACAAAAGAUAAAGACCAUCCUCUAGUUGUUUAACACUCAACGGUUACCAAACUGGCAUUGAAUUUAUAAACAAAAGAUUAUCUCAUAAUGGGGUGAACAUGAAUUUGGUAGAACGUUGUUCCUUAUAUUUAUUUUGAGAAAGUGCAAACACUUUAUUUUCUUUUUUUGGGGGAGUGUUGGUGAGAUACAGACAGUAAAAUGAUGUUCACUCUGUUGAAUACACCUGGAAAAUAUAAAAUGAUAGUGUACAAAUGUUUAGAAGCAUGAUAUCAACAUGUUCCCUGCGAUAUGCCUCAUUAUUAUCA